CGAGCAGGUUGGAUAGAUUCUUGGUGUCCACAGAGUUCCUUAUUAAUUUCCCAGAACUCAUUCAGAAAGGUUUAAAGAGAGAUAUUUCUGAUCAUUGUCCUAUAGUGCUAAUCAGCUCCAGCAUGGAUUGGGGGCCAAAGCCCUUUAGAAGCCUUGAUUGUUGGUUAGAGCUCAAGGAGUUUAGUUCUUUUGUUCAGGAAAAAUGGAGCAGCUAUAUAGUGGAGGGAUGGGAAGGAUUCAAGCUGAAGGAGAAAUUUAAAUUGCUGAAGAAUGACUUGAAGAAGUGGAAUAAGGAGGUAUUUGGCCACAUUGAUAGGAAAACGGAGGAAAUUAGAGAUGAGAUAAAGAAGCUUGAUGAUAAAGCCGAGAAUGGAGUGAAAGAUAGCUUGUUGUUCCAAAAGUCAAGACAGAAAUGGCUUCAAGAAGGAGAUGCUAACAGUAAAUUCUUCCAUGGGUGUAUAGCUAAGAGAAGAAAGAGUAACGGGAUUGAUGGGAUUAUGAAGAAUAAUGUCUGGAUUGGGGAAGUCUCAGAGGUGAAAAAAUUCAUCAAAGAGUACUAUGAACUAAAGUUCCAAGAGGAUGAGUGGAGCAGACCUAGCCUUGAGUUUAAUGAAUUGAAACAACUGAGCUCAGAAGAGAACAAUUGGCUGACUGCACAGUUUACAGAGGAAGAAAUAAAGGAGGCCAUAUUGAGGAAAGUGAUGGCGUCUAUCAUUAGCCAGAAUCAGUCAGCAUUUGUAGGAAGGAGACAUAUCGCUGAUGGCAUCGUGAUAGCUAAUGAAGUCAUUCAUGAAGCAAAGAAAAGAAAGAGGCCCACCUUGAUAUUCAAAGCUGACUUUGAAAAAGCUUAUGAUAGUGUCAAUUGGAAUUUUUUAGAUUUGAUGAUGGAAAAGCUAGGAUUCUGCUUGAAAUGGAUAAGGUGGAUCAAGGAAUGCUUAUCUACUUCAUUGGUAUCAGUUUUGGUGAAUGGUAGCCCCACAGAGGAAUUCAGUAUGAAGAAGGGACUGCGACAAGGUGAUCCAUUAGCCCCAUUCUUAUUUCUUCUGGUUGUUGAAGCACUUAAUGGGCUUAUUCUCAAAGCAAAAGAGGAAGAUAUGUACAGUGGAGUAGCGGUGGGAACAGAAGGAAUGGAGGUCACACACUUACAAUUUGCUGACGACUCUAUAUUCUUUUGUGAGGCAUCAGAUGAGAAUAUAAAGACAAUCAAGGGGAUUCUUCAUACUUUUGAACUGGUUUCAAGACUCAAGGUGAAUUUCUUCAAAAGUGCCCUAUAUGGUAUCAAUGUGAAGAGUGAGGAGAUCAAUGAAUGGGCCGAAUCUCUUAAUUGUGUGGAGGGUACUAUCCCUUUCAAAUACCUCGGAAUCCCAGUCGGUGCCAACUCGAGAAACUUAUCAGCCUGGACACCUGUUGUAGACUGCUUGAGACGUAAAUUGUCAAAUUGGAAAUGUGAAUCGCUUUCCUUCGGUGGUAGAAUCGUUCUAUUGAAUGCUGUCUUAUCAAGGGGGGAUAGGAAGAUUGCUUGGGUAAGUUGGGAGAAAGUAUGCAAUAGUAGGAAGAAUGGGGGAUUAGGUGUUAAGGACUUGGAUCGAUUUAACAUGGCGCUCUUAGGAAAGUGGCGAUGGAGAUUGGUGGUGGAGAAAGAAGCUCUAUGGAACAGGGUAGUUGAGGCCAAAUAUGGGUUUCAUAGGAGAAGGGAUUGGGAGGGGAGGGAGGUAAAAAUGAAUAGCUCAUAUUGGUGGAAGGCAUUGUGGAAAUUAGAUGAAGAAAGAGGAAGUAAUGAGGGAUGGGUGUAUAAGGGAGUAGUAAAAACAGUGGGGGAGGGGAAUGAUACCUUGUUUUGGAAUGAGAAAUGGUGUGGGGAUGUGCCUUUUAGGGAGAAAUUCAAUAGAUUAUUUAGAUUGGCAGAAGAUAAGGAUGCUUUAGUUAAAAAUAUGGGUGAAUGGAGAAAUGGAGAAUGGAUUUGGAAAUGGAGUUGGAGUCAGGAAUUGUUAGGAUGUGAAGAUACACUUGUAUAGGAUCUUAACAAGCUACCGAAUGGGAGCAAGCUGGAAUAAGGACAACGUGACUCC